CGCCCGCCUGCUCCUGGAGAAACCCAACUGCACGCUCCAGAGAGGGAACUUGGAGGAAGCACGGCCAGGAAGGCGCUCGCUGCUCGAGGGACAGCGUGGCCCCCAGGCUCUGACCCCCGGACGCUGCUGCAGGUUGUGCCCCCUCCUCCUGCCAGAUGGACUGGCCAGGAGCAGCGAGGUAGCAGCAGCUCGCGCGGCGCCCAGCCCAGCCAUGCCAACGGAGCCAGGCAGAGCUGAGACUCCGCAGCACCCGGCCCCCGUGGACCUCUCGGAGCCGAGGGGCAGGACGGCCAGGAAGAGGGAGAGGCUGAGAACCGGAGAGCAGCCUGGGCCUGUGACGGACAGUAACGGUGCCACAGCUGGUGCACAGGUGGGCGGCAGCAGCCUGCUCUAGGUGCCCAGCAGCCUUGCUCCUGGGCUCCCAGCGCUGAGCCUCGCUUUGCCCCGGCCCCUGCAGAGCUCAGGCCGUGCUGGGUCCCAUGUCAGCCCGGCUGGGAGAGAGCCAUGCCCAGUGCUCCUUCGCCAUGGGCUCCUGCCUGAACCAGACAGGUGCUGCGGAGGGCAUCGCUGGGGCGGCGCUGGUGGGGUCCGUGCUGGUGGCACUCAUCUUGGUGACCAUCUGCGGGAACGUCAUCGUCUGCCUGGUGGUCACCCUGGACCGCCAGCUGCGCAGCCUCACCAACUGCCUCAUCGUCUCCCUGGCCACCACCGACCUGCUGCUGGGGCUGCUGGUCCUGCCCUUCUCGGCCAUCUACGAGCUCACCAAGGACUGGCCCUUCGGCACUGUCCUGUGCAACAUCUACACCAGCCUGGACGUCAUGCUGUGCACGGCCUCCAUCCUCAACCUGCUCAUGAUCAGCCUGGACCGCUAUUAUGCCGUGACCAAGCCGCUGCGCUACACCCAGCUGAUCACGCCGUGCCGCGUGAAGCUGGCCCUGGUCGUCAUCUGGGCCGUGGCACUGAUGGUGUCCUUCCUGCCCAUCCACCUGGGCUGGAACGCCAGUGGGCAGAGCACCAACAACAUCACGGUGUGCCAGCUGCAGGUCAAUGCCUUGUACGGCCUGGUGGACUCGCUGCUCACCUUCUACUGCCCACUGAUCGUCAUGUGCAUCACCUACUACCGCAUCUUCAAGAUCGCCCGGGAGCAAGCCAAGCGCAUCAACCAUACCAACAGCUGCCUCGCCACCGGCCCCUCGCUGGUGAAGGAGCAUAAGGCCACGGUGACGCUGGCGGUCGUGCUGGGGGCAUUCAUCAUCUGCUGGUUCCCCUACUUCACCGUGUUCACCUACCGGGGGAUGAUGGGUGACGACGCGGUGGACUGCAUGCCCAAGUCCAUUGUCCUGUGGCUGGGCUACGCCAACUCGGCCCUGAACCCCAUCCUGUACGCUGCCCUCAACCGGGACUUCCGCUCAGCCUACCAGCGCCUGCUGCGCUGCCGGCGGCGGAGCGGCCUCUCCCACUGCCAGCCCCUGACCUUCGCCUAUGCACCCCGCCGCAGGGGCCGGGCCGGCCAGCGAGCACUGAGCGUGCAGCAGGAGAAGCCCCUGAGGUUGCAGGUGCGGAACGGCAGGGAGAGCUCGCUCGCUCGAGGAGCCAAGGAAAGCUCUGGAGCCUUUCCCUGAGUCUCAACUGCCCCCCUGCCGUAGGCCCUGCAAUGGGCUCCCUGCUUGCGGCCACCAGUUCCCAAGUCCAGCAAGGUGAAAAGGACAACGUGAGAUUUUUCCGCUGGGAGAAACACGGAGGCACCGGCAGGAGCCGAAGGGAGCCUCCUCUCGGCCUGGCCCCAAGGGACGCCCAGAUCCCGGUGCCCAAGGAGCUGCCCUGGCGCCUUUAACAGCCGUUUACCGCAUCCUCUCUCGAGCCCGAGCAGGGCUGGUGCUGCACACAGUGGAGAAAGGCCGGCAGCACUGCUCGGUCCCAGGGCCGCAGCUGGCGUGGAGAGGGGGGACCGGAGACCUGCUCUCUCGCAGCCUGUGCCCGGACCCACAGCCGCCUGGGGCCCGCAUGUGUGCACAGGGAUGCGUGUGCAUUUCAUGUACUGGGUGCACGUGUGUGCAGGCACACAAGUGCACGUGGGAGUCCGUCUGUUUGUACACGCACACUCACCGCCCCCCGAUCCGCGGGCAAGCCUGGGCACUGAAGGCAGAUGGGAUCUGUCUGUCUGCUGCUUCUUGACCCCACCUUGAAGGCCUGGGCACCUGGUGUGGGACCAGGGGGUGGGAGCGGGGCUCCGGGGCAGGGCCGUGUCGCUGGUUCCCAGCCCUUGGGAAGGGACGGGCUGCAGCUGUGGGCUCCCCUGAGUGCCAGGGGCCAAGGGGCGGGGGUCCCGGGAGAGUCUCCACCCGGGUGCUCUGUGCACCCCUGGGAGCUGCUUUCCCUUCAGGCUCCCUGCGCUGGGCGGGGGGAGCCGGCUGUGCUGCCCGAUGGCAGUGUGGGACCCCCUUCCCCUGUGCCACAUGCUCACCCAUAUCCCCCUGGCUCCUCGCCCGGCAGUCGGACACGGCCCAUUCUGGCUCGGCAGCCCGAGGCAGCUGUGUUCGCAGGAAGCUUCCCACGGGAACAGCCAAGCCGCCCUGGAGCGUGGCGGGGGGGCCCGGGCAGAAAGCAUUCCCCUGCAUGUUGCACCCCCGUCGCUGACCCACCCACCCCAUUCCUGGCCAGGCCCUCCCCUGCUCAGGCCUCCCCCCAAACUCCUUACGCACAAGAGAAAUGUACUCUGUCCAAGUUUGCAGAUGACACAAAGCUAUGG